AUGCCGACUGUACCCGCCCGCGCCACCGUGUGGAAGUUCUUCCACAUGGCCAAGCGGCCGGAGCAAUUCUUCGUCCGUGACGGCGACGAGCUCGAAUACAUCUCGAACCUCGUCGUCAGGGCGGGCCAGCAACCCAUUCUCGUGGGUGGGGCGCCGCUCAGAAUUGCUCGGAUCCGCGUGAAACGCGACGCGGCGGGGAACCCGAUCCGGCAGGCUCCGGAGUCGUGGAUGUGGGAGGUGGAGUUGACCCAGGCCAACGGGACACUGUCCUGGUUCGAUCUGGGGUUUUUCUCUGGUCCGAAGGACCUAGAGAACAAGCUGCUGGACGAGUUUGGGCGGAACCCGGGGUUUGUGGUCACUGGGCCAGCCGGCGCCCUCAACGACGGUCGUGGUUGUUGGGACAGAUUCGUCGUCCAUCGCCCAGGGGAUCCGGCGCAGACGAUGGCGCAGGUUCGCCAGGAUUACUGGCAGCAGCAGAGGCAGCUGCAGCAACAGCUGCAACAACAGCAACAACUACAACAACAACAGCAGCAGCAGCAGCAGCAGCAGCAACCACAACCGCAACAACCACAACCAUAA